AAGAGAUCCGAUUUGGUCUGUGCAGUCUAUCUUUGUUAACGCUAGCCUCCGCUCCGCCGUUUCGUGUUGGCUUCCAGUCUUUUCCGCGUCCUUGGUCUCGUCAGCAGCAGCAGCAGCAGCGGCGGCGGCAGCAAUGGAGGAAGAGGCGGCAUCACCACCACCGCCGCCUUCUCUAGCCCAAGUACUCGAAGCCGCUUCUGAAUUCGCUUCCUUCCCCGGAUCGCAGAGUGAUGAUUCAGUCAGAGAGUUCGUCGAUCGUUUUCCUCUUCCCGUGCUUUUUGGUGUGUUGCAAGGUGAGGUAUAUGUACCUGGAGUGGAGGAUACUAUUGUUGCCUGUUUAGACAAAAUCUUCAAGACAAAAUAUGGUGCUUCUCUUCUUCCAAACUUUGCUCCCUUCAUACAAGCUGGACUGCAGGCCAACUCCCAAGCCAUCAGAUGCUUGGCUUGUAAAGCUGUGUCCUAUCUUCUUGAUAAUGCUGACAAUUAUGGAGCAGCUGAGCAGAUUAUUAUUGGAUAUAACAUAUACCCACUUCUUCUUAACUGUCUGAUUGAGGGAAAUGAACAAACUUCAGCAGCUUCUCUGGAUGCCAUAAAGAGAAUUGCUGAAGUUCCAGAAGGAAAAAGUAUCAUCUUUCCAACUCAUGGGGAAGGAUCGAUGCAACUAAAAAACUUAGCAGCUCACUCCUCGUCUCUGGCUCGGAUUCGAAUUUUAGCUCUCAUAGCAAAACUGUUCUCAGUUUCUAGUUCCGUAGCUACAGCAGCCUACGACUCAGACCUGCUUAGUUUAUUUGAGGCGGAAAUUAACAACAGGCGCGACAUGCUCACAACUCUGAGUGCUUUGGAGCUUCUUUAUGAGUUGGUCGAGUCACCACAUAGUACGAGGUUUCUGCUAAAGACUACCUUGCUUCAACUACUGACUGAUUUGAUAAGCAAUUCUUCUGUAGAUUCCAUUUUGCGAUCAAGAGCAGCUUUGAUCAGUGGGAGGCUUCUUUCAUCGGCUGAGGCCUACAUGGCAAUUAGUGAAUCCAGUAUUGCAGCGCUUCUUUCUGCCAUUGAUGGAAGAUUAAGUCUGCUUGAUAGCCAAAAUACAGAUGAAUGCGAGAGUGCCUUAGAAGCUUUGGGUCUAAUUGGAGCAACAAUUCAAGGAGCGAAUCUGUUGCUUAUAAGUUCGUCUGAUGCAGCAAGACAUAUUGUAGAGUCAGCAUUUGAUCGCCAAAGCAGAGGUAAACUGCUGGCUGCUUUACAUGCUCUUGGAAGUAUUUCUGGAGUUGACCGACCAGAAGAUAAAAUUCUACUUGGUGAGAAAGCGGAGGAAUGCCUUAAGCGCUUGAUAUAUACAACUGCUGCCAAUAGUCCAAAGCUAACCCCUUCUGGCCUGUUUCUCUCAGUGCUGCAACAAGAACCAGAAGUACGAUUAGCUGGUUAUAGACUGAUAAAGGGAUUGGUGGUUCGGCAAUGGUGUCUGAUGGAAGUUUGUUCAAAGCAGGAUAUAAUUUCUAUAGUAACUGAUCCAAAGAUCGAGAGUACAAAACAGGGUAUGGAAGCACGCCACGACUGUUGCAUGGCAAUAAGCAAGGCUCUAUCAGCAUCGAGUUUGCUUCAUGAUGCUACUGCUUCUGGAAUUGCUAGCAAGUUGCAGGAAGCAGUCAAAAGGGGCCCUUAUCUUGCGAAGAAGCACGUUGAAGCUCAGCCUCUUGUUGUCACCGCCGAGAGAUUUUGAGCUUGAUCUAAACUGUUUCAUAAAAGUGUUACCUUAAAUAUUUUGAUUGAUUCGCUGAUGUACGAAGGAAAAGUUGGGGUUUCAUCAUAUCUGAAUAUUUAUAAGUGAAUUAAUAGUAGAGAGCGAAAUAUCUAGAGAGAUUGACUGCUUGAUAUCUCCUUCAAACUGAGGAUAGUCUAUUUGAAUUUGGUAUUACUUUCCUUCAAUAUCUGGAUGGAAAAUAUUUAUACAAUCAGAGGGAGAUAUUGUUCAAAUAUUUAUCUCAGAGACGCUAAAUAUUUACCAUCCCUUUUUAAAACAA